UAUAGUUCCACUCAACCCCACCUCAAACCCUCUUAACCAUGGUUUCUCCCAAAGAUGACAAUCUAGUCUACAACAUCCGCCUCUCCUCCGUUGGACCUGGCCACGUGACCGGCACCGAUGUGGUUCACCACCUUGGGUCCAUGGACUUAGCAAUGAAGCUUCACUACAUAAAAGGGGUAUACUGGUUCAGCAGCCAGGCAAUGCAGGGGCUGAGCAUCAAGGACAUCAAGGACGCCAUGUUCUGGUGUCUUAAUGAGUACUACAUGACGUGCGGCCGGGUGAGGAGAUCGGAAGGCGGUCGGCCCUACAUCAAGUGCAACGACUGUGGCGCCAGGUUCGUGGAAGCGCAGUGCGAUAAGACGGUGGAGGAAUGGCUGGAGAUGGAAGACUACAUCUCCUAUAAUGAUCUGCUUGUUUAUCAUCAGCCCCUUGGACCUGAGUUAUCUUUUUCUCCCACGGUUUUCCUGCAGUUGACUCGGUUCAAGUGUGGAGGGGCGUCACUGGGCUUAAGCUGGGCCCACAUCCUUGGAGAUGCAUUUUCAGCUUCAGAUUUUAUCAACAGGUAUGGCCAGUACAAGGCUGGGCUUAGGCUUGGUGAGCCACCCAAGCUUGCAGAAACACCCACUAAGAAGGGAAAACUGGAUAAUCAGGCCCAACAUGGCAACGAACCCAUUUCCAUCAAGCGGGUCGACCCAGUUGGAGACCUCUGGGUAACUGUCAAUAACUGCAAAAUGGAAACAUUUUCCCUCCACAUUUCUCCAGCACAACUAUCAAAAGUACAAGCAAAGAUUUCAUGUGAGAAUCAGAACGUUUUUGAGUCCCUCUGUGCCCUUAUUUGGCAAUCCUUAGCUAAAGUCAGGGGAGAAUUUGAACCUAAGAUUGUAACAGUUUGCAAGAAAGAUCCCUCCUGCCAGACCAGAAAGUGGGUUCCGAGCAAUGCUCAAAUCGUAAGUACUGUUCAGGCGGAUUUUGCUGUGAAGGAAGCGGAUUUGAAAAAGCUGGUGGCGCUACUGGCGGAGCAGGGCAAGGAUGAGAGAAGUGAGAUCAAAGAGGUGGUGGAGAAGGACGAUGGGGUGUCUGAUUUUAUAGUCUAUGGAGCAAGACUAACUUUUGUGAACUUGGAAGAUGCAGACCUGUAUGGACUGGAGUUGAAUGGAGAGAAACCGAAGAUGACCUAUUUUUCUCCGCAUGGUGUCGGAGAUGAAGGGAUGGUUCUGGUGCAAUCAGCAGGGCUGGAAGAUUCCAAAGGAAGGAUUGUCACGGUCACUUUGCCUGAGGAUGAGGUGUUGAAGCUUAAGUCUGAGCUCAAAAGAUAUGGUCUAUUGCUUGAAAGUGAACUCGAAUGAGUGCAGAAAGUUGAAAUGUUUGAUUUAAAAUGUAUAGUGAUCAUGUCAAGUACUAUAGUGUACCGAGUGGCUACUUAAAAUUAAUCUGUUAUCAUUGAAAUAUAACAACAAUGUACCGGUGGAACUUAGUUCAAUAUGUAUUGUUUCUCUCUCGUGUCCUUUCUUGCUUUUGAAUAUACAAUCUUAACAAUAAAAAUCUCAUAAUAAU